UCAAGCUUGAAUUUUCUGGUCGCAAUGCCACUCUCUUUGUCUUCCAAUGCUACCUCAAGUUGCGAGCAAGGCCUGGUUCCACAGCUACGAUGCAUUUCGCAAGGUUCCAACUGACCUCUCAGAGGCAACAACAACCGGUGCCAUGAUGACACUUGCUGCGUGUUGCAUUUGCGUUGCUCUUUUCAUUUGCGAGACCUCUGCAUUUUUGACCGAGACUUCCACUUCUCGGAUUGUGGUUGACACCAACCAGGAUGAGCUGCUGAAGAUCAAUUUUGAUGUCACCAUGCUUGACAUGGCCUGCGAUCACUUGACACUAGGAAUUUGGGAUGCUUUCGGAACCGAGCGCUUCAACGUCACGAGGAACAUGCAAAAGCAACGAGUUGACCACAAGGGGUCACGAAAGGGUCAGCCAUACAAGGAGGAAGAACUCUUGGAGCUCGAGUUUGGGGACCGAAGCUUCACAGCUGAGGAGCUCGCGGAGCUUGACUCGGAUUGGGGGUCCUCCAGCGAUAAGUUCAAGCAUGAUAGCUUUCAGGCAGUUGUGGAUGCCCACGACUUCAUCAUGGUCAACUUUUAUGCUGACUGGUGUAGUCACUGCCGCGAAUUUGCUCCGACAUGGAAUGAUUUGGAAAAAUCGUUCAACGAGGGCAAAGUCUCAGCAGUGGAUGCAGAUCACAAGCAAGCAAAUCUCCACCUUUUGAAGCUCAACUGUGUGGACUUUGAGGAUACCUGCAAGGAGCAGACCAUUCGCUUUUUCCCCACCGUCCGAUUGUACCGCAGAGGUGCCCAGCCUGGACAACACACAGAGUACAGAGGUGAGUACACUGCAGAAGCGUUGACUAGUUGGGUGAAGGGUGUGAUCUCGGCACAGCAUCUUCACACUGGCGCCGUGUACCACAGUAUUUUCACCGAAGGAUGCCGUAUGUCUGGUUCAGUGGAUGUUGCUCGUGUGCCUGGGACUAUUCACUUCCAGGUGGGCAACUCCAAGGAUCGGGUCAUCAACCCGGCAUUUACCAAUGUCUCGCAUACUGUCCACCACUUGACCUUUGGGGAGGCGCCUCGAGGGCUGAAGUCGGCACUUCCUUCUGAGUACCGAAAUCACGUCAAUCCGCUGGAUGGACAAACCUUCAUUGCGGACAAGUUCCACAAAGCGUUGAGCCACUUCAUCAAGGUGGUCCACACCAGGUUUGAAGAUUCAGGGCUUCGUAGUUACCAACAAACUCAUCAAUGGAGUGUACAAACGUUACAGCGAGGAACCACACCCCAGGCCAAAUUCUCCUAUGACCUGGCACCUGUGGAGGUGGUUAUUAGCAAAGGAGAACGGCGCUGGUACGACUACAUCACGCAAAUUUUCGCCAUUACCGGCGGGGCCUUCACCAUCAUGUCGCUUGCUACUAGCUGCCUGAAGGCAUCUGGCUCACACGUGAAGAGUAUGCUGGACAAGAUGAACUAGAGCUUGUGGAACUCCAGAAACACUCCUGCAGGUUCCUUCGAGAUGAACACGACCCGAACCGCGACGCUUCGCAGCUGGGGUCACGCCGACCUGGGACCCGUCCAACUUCGUCAAGCUGAGGAACGACUCAAAGUAUGUUGGGUGGCCAAAGUGCUGCCUCAGGCGUUGGUCACAGCGAAAAAGAACUGACUAA